GUCGCCUGAUCACAUCUCACGCAAAUAACACCUCCCCCGGUUAGCGAUGAAGGAUUGAAACCACGCGACCCCUCUCUUUCUCGUUUCCUCCCCUCCAGCCCCACGCCCCUCCCCUGCUUCUCCGCCGCCGCCGCCGCGGAUGAGAUGUGCGCUGGCGCUGGCGCUGCUCGACCUCCUCCCCUACCCCUGGUCGGCUCCUACCCGCUCCAGCACAUCUGGACCGGCGGACAAGGAGGCGCGACAGCAGCGCCGCCAGGAGGUCGGCGGCGAGGGUGUAGCCGGCGAAAAGAGGUACCAGAUCACGAGCACCAACAAGCACCUCAUCAUAGGGCGUGGGAUGGUCGACGGCGACGCCUCGCGGUGGGCCACCUUCGGCGAGCGCAAUGGCGGACUAGUGAGGGAGGCGCAAGAGCUCGUCGUGCUCUGCGAGGCGGAAGUCGACAUCCUCGUCUUUGACAGCGCCGGCAGGCAGUUGGACUACUGCAGCCCCCACACAAGCUACAUGGAAUUAGAUACUGCAAAGAGGAUUUCCGUUGAGGGCCUGGAAAGGUUCAGGGAAGUGAAAUAUUAUCUCAUUCUCAUUAUUGUCGACACGAGUGGGCACCAUAACCAGAAGGCUGCACUUUUUGAGGAAAUGCGUCAAGUUGCAGAAGCUCGUAGUCUUGCAUUGUUAUUGUUAUCCUCUUUUAUUGAGAUUUUCGCCGACCUUAUGGUUUUUCCACAGAAACGAGACCUGAUGAUAUUUGUGAUGGAUGGCAGCAUUGUUCAUGCUGCUUUUGAUUAGGCAUAAGCAUUCAAACAAAGUGCUUCCGUUGGUGCUGUGAUUGUCAUGAAGUUGUAUGGUCAUGCGAAGCGAGGCGGUGCACUGAGCGUCUUAUGAUAGGAGAAGGCCCUUAAAUUUAGAAGUAUGAUGACAACACUCUGAGGUAGAACAAGGAUGUUGGAAGUGAGGUUGUUACAAAUUCUUUUUUUGAUUCUCUUUUGCUUUAGUGCAUGAAAAAAUUGGGAAGCUAUUUGCUGUUUAAAGCUUAAUAAGUUGCAGCCCUUUUAAAUUAUAUAUAUCUUGGCUUGGAUCUGAUCGUACAGGCUUCUUCCUUUUGACGGUGAGUCUAUCAUGUUGGGUUAUGCUAAGGUCACGUUGCACCGGUGCCGAUUGCCCUGUGCAACUAGCGAUGAAAUUACAAAAUAAUGUUAAGUACCAAGAAAGGUUCGUUUUGUUAGCUCCAAGAAAGAGAUGUUAAGAAUAAUUAAGUUCUCAUCUCCGGCAGAAAACUACAGGAUGGUACAAAAAGAUGGGUGAGAGAAUAUGAGCUUGUUGGUUUGUUAAAUUUGUCCCUCAUGUGGACAAUUCAGCAUCUACAUAAUCUUUGAAGGAAAGGGCCCUCCGUAUCUCUCAUAGGGCUGCACAUGUGAACAAUGCAAGAUGUGUUGGACCAGAUUUUGUCAAAUGGGAACAAUUUUAAUUUCAAUGUAUAUCAACUGCAGCCUCUAAAGGAGCUAAACUGGUAUGAUUUCUUUUUUCCUGAAAUUCUUUCAGAAGGUUUGUUAGGAAAUUUAGUGAGCUUGCUUUUGUGCUCAAGUCUGUGCAACCAGGAAACAAUAGUGUACUAAAAAAAUUGUAUUCAUUCUCAUUGCAGACAAUGUACAACAUGUAGAUUUUUAGAAAGGUAUCCUAAAUUCUUUGAGUACUGGUUCAGAAAGACAGUGGUGCAUAGUUUUAACAUAUAUUCUGUCUAUAGUGCACAUAAUAAGAUAAGAAUAAGAUCAUCCAUCAUAUUUAUUUUUGACACCGCCAUGCUUCAGGAUAUAUAUAUGAUUGUGAUAUAUUUGCUUUGUUUUGUACUCCAAAUUUCUCAGUUGCGAGUUCAUUACCAUGAAAAUCUCGGUGAAUUGUAGAUACAUCAGGAUUUAGAUGGUUGUCCCAAUCUUCUCCUCUCGGACCCAUGCUCCUGGAUACAUGAGUUCUGAUGUUUGGACCUCCCAUUAAAGACUUAGGUGAUGUGUUAAGAAAUGCUUUGUCCACAGACCAUAAAACUGAGGAUGUCACCGAAAAUCUCAAGGUUACUGGUAUUAGCGCCAUGGAUUCAGUUGAAUGAAUAAGUCAAGCUUUCUAGCUGCCUGAUAGCAGAGAUCUAAAAUUUUAUCAAGGUAACGUUCUAAUUUGUGCUAUCGCACCUUUAGGAGGUGGGUGAAACCCGAAGAAUCACGGGAUCAGCACCUAAAUUUUUCUGUUGAAACUGCAAAAUUUUAUCUAAGGGCUGAAUGGCUAAAUGUUGAUAUAUGCAUGCUUGUAAAUUUACACUGUGAACCAUUUUUAUACUGCUACUUUUCUCCCAGAAUUUGUAUCUCUUUUAUCCAAAGUGUCAUAAGGUGCAUUGCACUUGUAGUUUGUUACGUUUGCAUCUGCCAUUGCUUUCAUAUACUCCCUCCGUUCCAAAAUAGAUGACCCAACUUUAUACUAACUUUAGUACAAAGUUGGGUCAUCUAUUUUGGAACGGAGGGAGUAGUAUAUAUUUUCGCUCUGAUCCGAAGCAUAGCAUCACUUGCAUGCACCUGUACGACACAUAUCGCAUAAAACUAACGAGAAGGGGCGCGUUCCUACCUGGCACCGCCUAGCUAGCUCUCAAGAGGCCCACAAUGGAGGGCGGUGCAUCUGAACCUCUGGUUUAUGCGCUCCGCUAUUGUGGCACCCAGGCAAGACGAAGAGGACCUACAGUGCCGGGUCCACGCAGCAACCUCUUCCUCGCGGCGGCCAGCUGGUCAACACUUCGCGUCACCGACUGGCAAGGCGUGGGCUGGCAGCCGGCGCCGGUGCUGUCUCCAGUGUCCGAUUCGCGCUAACAACAUCAUAGUUUCCUCCCGCGACUCUGUGAGAUGUCUCACCCCAUUGUUAUCUCUGGCUCCUGGCUUCCAAAUUUGAUGCAUUUAUUUGAGGUGAAAUUAGGGUAGUUUAUCUUUACAGAGGAGAGGCCUAACAGGCUUUAGUGUGGAAUUUUGUUCUGCAGGGGCUGCGGGUGUACGAUGCAGACAAAUCAUUACUCUACUGGAGGUGGAUUCUGAAGCAGCACUGCUAGUUCAAGGAUGAGUUUGUGGUACUUGCUGGCAGUUCAGAGGGAUCUAUAAUAAGGUAUCAAUAAAAUUAGUUGCAACACUCCACGAAAUUCACGUUCUUAAGCAUCACCGAAACAGAAACAGAAACAGAAACAUCUAUAGUUUUGUGGUGCCUAGGCUUUUACUAUUGGAAGCAGGGUACUCCAUGUGGUUCUUUUCCCCCAUCUAUGCUUUAUUGAUCUAUAUAAUGGUGUUGGUUCUCCAUUUCCCAAGCUGGUGCUUUUCCCUGCAUCAUUCCUACAGUCACCACUUCUAUCAUGGAAAUGAUUUGUAUUUCAAGAUCAUAUGCCAGUUUGCCCUUAAGAACAAUUAUCCUUUGCUUUUGUACAGGGAAUGUUUAGAUUAUGUCAAGAGGGUUGAUAAACAGGCGGGAACAGAUUUGCAUCUAUGCCCACUCCAAGCAAGUAGUUCUAAUUAGCCUUCAUCAGGUGUUUAUGUUUUCAAAGUAAAAACAUCAGAACAUCUAUUCAAGUUGGGGUUCCUACUUGAUUUAGUUGAGUCUUUUUUUUGGGGAGGAGGGGGGGGGGGGGGGGGUAACUUGAUUUAGUUGAGUUGGAAUGUAGUUCUCAUGCUUUUUUAUAUAAUUGUGUAAUUCAUCUUUUUAGUAACAUAACUAGGGGAAGCACGAUUCAUAUAAGAUAUUCUCCUUACCUGAGAAGAAUGCAUUUCUUUUCCGGCUUUCUUACAUGCUCUCUGGUCAUUACAUUUGUGUGCUUCUAUUACUAUUAGCAAAAGUGGAAUUCAGAUAAUAUUUCUUUGCAUCACAACAGAUGUCUAUAAUGAAUGCUUGCAAUGGAGGUUUCCCUUUGAUCCUAAGUCAGUCGAUGUAGAUACUUCAAUUUGUUUAAACCUGUGAGAUACACUGUCAUUCUUCAAUUAGUUACAGCUCACUUUUUGUUGUUUUCAUUGUUGUGCUGAAAAUAAAUUCUUAGUUCAUCAUGUGUUCCUGUUUUUGCCUCUCGUGUAUUCUAACAGGAGAAAAUAGCUGAUGAGAUAUUCAAGAUAUUAGUCAGUCAAAUGGCAGAAAGACAUAAUUAUUAAUCUAUUUAGUGUACGAUGCUGUCUGAAACUCAACGAUUUAUUCAUUUGAGUUUAGUACUCCCUCGGUUCCUAAAUAUUUGUCUUUUUAGAGAUUUCAAACGGACACCACAUACGGAUGUAUAUAGACAUAUUUUAGAGCAUAGAUUCACUCAUUUGGCUUUGUAUCUAGUCACUUGUUGAAAUCUCUAGAAAGACAAAUAUUUAGGAACGGAGGGAGUACAUAAGAUUAGCCUUUUCCCAUAGGGAACAUGUGAGUUCAUAUAUAAACUGUAGAUUGUGAAUUCACGACACAGUAGCGAGCUACACCAAUGCCGGUCUGAAUUCCUAGAUUCAGCAAACUCCUUUUGUGUGUCAUAUAGAACAUCCAGAUUAGAUAGAGCAAAGACAGAGACCGAUUAUAAGAGUUCAGGGAUAUGUGCAAGAGGGAGGGGAUGAGCUUGAGGCUUACGAGCUAUUGAAAUAAUCAGACGUGCAUGGUUUCUUGAAUUUUCAAUUUCUCUAUCUGUCAACCCGAAGAUUUGUUUUCUUGUUUGCGACAAACUCCAGGGGAAAAAAAUGUGAAACAGAAUAUGUCUGCCUACAGGCAUUCAGUCAAGGCUUUAAUGAGAAGUUCGGUGAGUUGCUUUUAUAUCUGAUUUGCAUACUUAUGAUUCCAAUAAAUAAGAUAUAUCUAUGAAUAGUUUGGUCACCAGCAUAUGAGUUGAUGAACCAAGAGCAUGUGGUAGUGGUAGGCAUGAUUCCAAGUCGUGGUUCCUUUUUUUUGUCUGACUGGCAUGGAAAAUGAUGAUUCAUUUUAUGUAAUCAUCUUAUUUUAUUUUUCUGCCUUGUGAGUAAAGCUUGCUUUUUUUAAUUAGGCCAAAGCUUUCAUCCGCUAUACAGAAGAAAGCAAAUAACUUGAUGCUAACAUGAGUUAGUUUGCUAUUUGUGGAAGGCAAAUGUGUGUGAACACGUGAAAAUGCAUAGAGAAUGCAUCGAGGCGCUCCAGCAAUACGAGUGCGCAGAGAGGUUCAAAACAUGCCUGGCACCUUUAUAAUAUCUUUAAUUAACACAUUAACUGUAUUGUGUUAAUACAAUUGGCUUCAACCUGAAUUACAUAGAAAUCAUCUCUUUGUUAUUCUUGUAAGAAAUUACUUCCUUUGCUAUGCAUCCCUCAUGAUUAUUCUGUCAGCACUAGGUUGUUCAAACUACAAUGUUCGUGAAAAUUACAGUACGAUGUAUCACUUCUCUUAGAUUUUGUUAUUUCUUUAACAAAUCUUGUAUCUCUUUUCUGAUCUCAUUCAGGAGGAAUGUUUAAUAUAAGGACACAUUUUUUACCGACAAUUUUCUAUCUAAAAUCAUAUUGUCACAGACAACAUUCUCAUUGGUUCUCUUGAUAUUCCCACUAUUUUCAGGUUCACUAAACAGAAGAGUACCUCCAGGUGUGCAUUAACCAGGAUCAAAAUGCAUUGUCAAUCAAGCUUGCAGAUGGCGAGGUCUUCGUCGUCACUCGCCUCAUCACAGGAAAUGACAAGAUGACCGCCAUAACAACCAACUGAGUUCCGCCGUCAGCAAACAUACAUGAGGGAGACAUUCUACUUCAGACGCAAGGCAAUGCGCAAGGCGUACCGUCGACUAUCGCCUAUAAAUAUAAUCCAUGUAUCAUGCUCAUGUAUAUUGGACCUUCUACGUUUGCCCCUUGCCUUACUUUUGGAACCACCUGAACUAUCUGUAAUGUAUCAUCUAGAUAUCGAUGUACUACCUAUGUGUUCGUAUGUUUUUAUCAUUAAGAUUAAUAUCCUUUCUUCCCCUGUCACUUCUCGGGGAUGCCACAAAAGGAAAAAUGACCAAGACUGCA